AUGGAUGUUGAGGAGUUGAUUGAAUCCAUCAUUCGGGCUUCCAUGUUUAUAGCAGGCGUCAUUGGCAACAACUGGUUGGCCAUAAGCUCCAUCCCCUCCAAGAGAUCCGGUCUGUGCACCAACGAGCUGCUGUUCAUCAACCUGGCCGUGUCCAACCUCAUCACCAACUACCUGGUGGACCUGCCCGACACCAUCGCCGAUUUUGCCGAGAGCUGGUUCCUGGGCGAGGCCUACUGCGGCAUCUUUCGCUUCUGCGCCGACCUGUCGGAGACCAGCAGCAUCUUCACCACUUUCUUCAUCAGCGUCUUCUGGCACCAGAAGCUGGUGGGUUCCCUGAAGCGAGGGGGCGCCCCCGUGAAGCUGGACAAUCUGUGUCUGGUGUUCUGCCUCCUUGCAGGGAGCUGGACCACGGCUUUGGUGUUCAGCAUACCGCACUUCUUCUUUGUGACCGUGGACGUGACCAAUGAGACCGAGAAAGACUGUAUUGACGUCUUCCCCAACGCCAUUUCCAGGAAAUCCUAUGAUAUAUUUUAUCUGACGCUGGCUAAUGCUCUCCCUCUUGCUGGGAUGUUGUUCGCCAGUGGUCAGAUAGUGGUGACUUUGCUGCAGAACCAGCAACGCAUCAGGAGUCAUCCCGAUUCUGGCCUCAACAAGAACAAAGUGAAGGAAAAGGCUGAGGAAAGUGAGGUCAAUACUGUUUUUGGACCAAGCAGAGGAACCCCAAGCCACAUUUACUCAGGCAUUCCUGCCUCUGCUUCCUGUCCUGACACAGGUCAAGCCUCCAGCCUUGACUCAGACCCAGCUAGAGCUCCACCAAACCAGUCCAAGCCUAGCCAGGCAAAAGGGAAGCCCAACUCUAACUCGCAAGUGAGGGCGGCCAAAAGUGUGGUGGCCGUGGCCAGCGUGUUUCUGGUCUGCUGGCUGACUCAUCUACUUCUACGCAUCACCAACAACUUCCACACCUCCUCGCUCAUGGUGGAGGUGGCCAGUUACAUUGCAGCCUCCUACACCUGCAUUAUCCCUUACAUAUUCCUACACGGAGCCAAAAAGCUCACUUGCUCUUGCAAAAGGUAG